GCGGGGUCAGGCGCCAUGUCGCUGUCGUGAUGCUGCGGCUGGACCAUCGGGGCGGGUCGCGAGACCCUCGCACCGGCGGGGACGCGCCCGCGCUAGCCAGGAGCGCCUGAUCAGCCAGCAGCGGGGCGUGCCAGCGCCGCCCGCCGCGCGCCAUGCAUCGAGCGGCGCUUCUCGUCAUCAGCUGCCUCUACAACGCCUUGGCAGGCAAUCGCAUGGACAAUCGCAUGGAUAACCGCAUGGGCAAUCGCGUGGGCAAUCGCAUGGGCAAUCGCAUAGGCAAACGCAUGGGCAAUCGCAUAGACAAUCGCAUCGGCAAUUGCAUGGACAAUCGCAUGGGCAAUCGCGUGGGCAAUUGCAUGUGCAAUCGCAUAGGUAAUCUCAGCGACAAUCGCAUGGGCAAUCGCGUGGGCAAUUGCAUGGGCAAUCGCAUGGGCAAUCGCAUGGGCAAUCGCAUGGGCAAUCGCAUGGGCAAUCGCAUGGGCAAACGCAUGGGCAAACGCAUGGGCAAUCUCUCUGCCUUACGUCCCAUCAAUGCGUAUGAGGCCAACCCUGAUGCCAAGCGCCUUUACGAUGACUUGCUGUCCAACUACAACCGCCUCAUACGACCUGUAACGAACAACUCGGAAACAUUGACUGUCUACCUUGGUCUUAAGCUUUCGCAGCUUAUUGAAGUGGUGAGUGAUGAUGUUAUUAGUGAGAUUUAUCAUUAUACUCUGUACUUUUCAAAGAAAUAUGUAGCUUUUAAAAUGGUAUAAAACCACUUUUUUCUGAAGGGAGAUUAUACAAAUGAUUGUUUUCUAAAUGAAAUGUUCACCUUUUAUAAAUAAUUAUAUAAAUAAAUAUAAUUAUAAGAAUAGCUCUUUUUCUGUGUUUAUGCAAAAU